GCCUAAGCGAGCCCAUAAUGCUUUGCGCGGUGGUUGACAUUUCUUCAUUCAAUAGAAGCAUCGCCGAAGUAAUAAGCAGAAAAACUGCUGUAGAAUUUUGAAUACGAAACAAUCUGCAAGUCGGUUGAUAUGUAUGCUGCUGUUCAACUUAUUGUUGGCCUGUCGGUUAUACUUUCAGGGGUCGUGUUUACGGACGAUCAGAAUAAACGAAGGGGGGAAAGAAACACUACUGUCUUCACCAGAGAAGGAGAAAAUGCCACCUUACCGUGUCACCUGGAUCCUUCAAACCUGAAGUCUCCAGCGUUUGACUGGAAGAAAGGCAGCCAGGAGGUCUUCAUGUACCAACACGGCAAGCCUGAUUAUACAAACGGCCUGAAGGGACAAGACCCCAAGUUCAAGGGAAGGGUGAGGCUGGUCCCAGGGGGGCUGCAGGCUGAAAAGGCCUCAGUGAUCUUGUCCAAUGUGUCCGAGGAGGACAUCGGAGUAUACAAGUGUGUCCUCUUACACAAGGAACUGACAAGUUGGAUCGAUCUGAAAAUGGUUGUGGAUCCUGAGUUGACGCUGACUAUUGAAGAGGACAGGCUAUCGUGUGUCUCUAAAGGGGGCCUACCCAAGCCCAGGGGGCUGGUUUUGCAGUACCAGGACGGAGCUGAGGUCUGUGCAACAUACUCAACAGACGGUAGCGACCGCGACAGUCUGCGUCUGAACCAGAGAGUUACCAAGUCAGGGAACUACACCUGCCUGGCAUUGCAGGGAGACGUCAACCCUGCCCGAGUUACGAGGCAAUAUUUUGGCAAUCGGAAGUCAUCGACCAUCACCUGGAUCAUCUGUGUUAUUUAUGUGGUUGCGGCAAUCAUUAUAGUGGUUUAUAUCAAUCUUUUUGGAAGCUAAGCCUUGUGGGCACAUCUCCGUUGUUAGGGUUGUGGGUGCAGGCAGGCAGGUAGGACCCAGAUGCAGACGGGUAGAGAAAACUGCACUUUAUUUUUGCCAAAAGGCUAAGGCAAGGAGCAAGGAGCAAGGGAACACAGGUACUCACAGAGAACACGCAGGACCGACACACCACAAUGACA